UGUAAUCCCUUUCCUCAUUUCUCCUUGAAAAAAAACCCGAACAUGUAUGAUUUAACAUAGGUCCUGACAUAGCCCAAAAAGGACGGAAAAAACUUAAUAGUAUUUUAUUUUUCUCUAAAGACGACAUCGUUUGUUUGUGUGGCUCAAUCUUUGCCGCCAAAAAGAGUCCCACUUUCCUGCGCUCGCCUCAAAGGUAAAAAGCCGAAAAGCCCUUGGAUUGGACCCAACUCAAAGAGGGCAAAAUCUCUAGCGCAUAUCUAGUUGCAGUGAAUCGUAAAUGCAGAUUCAGGUAAAAUGCAGCUGCGGGGAGGAGAAAUGUCCCGAAUGGGCAAUUCUGGAACUUCAAGGUGUGGUUGAAGCCCAACCCUCCUUCAAAGAUCGCCUCCAAAAUCUCCAAAUUGGCAUUCUUUGCCGCCCCUCUUCCCAGGAAAGUUAUACAUUUACUGUUGGGUACCAUGAGUUGGCUGGGACCAAGGUGCCCUUGAAAAAGCCAAUGUUAGUAUUGAAGAAAAUCAAACUUGACUCCGAGGAAAAGAAGGGUGACAUUAGUUCAUCAAGGGUGGAAUUGGACGUUAUUGGAAUAAUUCGUCAAAAGAUUCUUUUUAAAACCAGACCUAAGGCACUCAUAUCAAAGCCUCAACCUAUUGGGAAGGAAAAAGGUAGUGCAGCAGUAUCCUCUAUGUCAAAUUGAAUCAUACUGUGCAUGUAAUUUUGUUGAAAGCCUCAAGCGAGAGGCUUUAAUUCAUAUCUAAUUCUAGGUGAAGGACUGAAUCCUAUUAUUGCCAAAUAACUCCAUUGUAUAAUCCUUGAUCGGCUGAACUUAUAUGUGAGCUGGAACUUUUACAUAGUCCAAGUAACUUGAUAUAUAGACUGAACUUCAAUUUCAGCUA